AUGGCGGACCCCGGCUCGGACGCGCCACCUGAAGUGCUCUUCAAAUCGAACAAGCGAAGAAAAGUAAUCAGGAAACGACACACUGCGGACACAGAGGAUUUACCCGAAGCAAGCCCUGAAGGAUACGAGCCCAGCGACAUGGACUUCACGAGUCAGAUACCUGCAGUCAGGCGUCCUAUUGCGCGAAAACAUGGGAUUGCAUUCUCGAACUCUGCUGGCGUACAGCCCGCGGAGAACGUGUCAGCCGCGGAGACUGCACUGGUGCCCGUGAAGACAGACGAGAGUGUUUCAGCGUCGAUUGAUCGUUUCACGAAGCCCACAGGAAAGACGGAGGUCGUGGAGGACAAGCACCUGACGGCAUAUAUAGAUUCCAAGCUGGCUGAGUUGCGUUCCUCAACGGCGCCAGUACCAACAACACAAGAGGACGUCGGUGAUAAUGCACAGCAAGAUCAUCGUGAUCCAGACGCGAGCGAAUCUCAAGACACUGCCAGGAAUACAUCGGUAGACGAUGGGCCACGUAAUCGACAACCUCGUCUCAACACUCGAAGAGCAACCAAUCGACCGCCUCGUCGUGUUCGACAGAAAGAUCCGAGCGAGCUUGCUCGCGAAGCCAUGAUCGAGCAAAUCCUAGGCGAAAGCCAAGUACCCAUGUAUGAUCAGACUUCAUCUACGCCAGGUCCGUCUGCAGAAGACGACGGCAUCGACCGUGAUGAAGCUGUAGCAGAAGCAUUCAAAGCGGAAUUUCUGGCCAGUUUGCAGGAACGGAAGAGAAGAAGAACCGCGGUAGAGAAAUCUUCCGCUUCCGGUAAGGGUGCAGCUUCGGUGCCCAGUGGACCGAAAUUGGGUGGUAGUCGAAGUCAAAGGGAGAAGAUGCGACAGCUGGAGGAGGCAAAGGGCGCAAGUGGUGGUCCUGCUAAAAGGUAG